CUCUCUCCCUCUCCCCCCCUCAGCCAAUGUGCGCACGGUGACGCUGCGCAAAGGCAGGAUCUAGUCCCGACUGCGCCGUCGUAUUUAACACACCCACCCAGAUCCACACAUGCUACAAGAGGUGCUGUUCUCUCACACCGCUGCACUCCUGGAGGCUACCUGGCCCCGCGGGGAGGAUUCCUGUCUCCUGUUACCCGAUGUGCGCUUUCUCAUCCCGCUGGCUCGCGUCGGGUGAUUAGCUGCGGCCAGAUGUGACAGAAUUACGCAUCCCGCCGAGGAUCGCCGAGGUGGAUGAGAGCGCACACGUCGGCUACUUUGCGGGGACUUUCCCUAAAAAACAGUUUAUUGCGAAGAGCUGCACUCCCCGUACAUUUCUAUCCCACGUCCCAGCUGGUGCGCUGCUGCUGCCGCCGCGCUCCCCCUCUCGGGAUCGGGGCUGGACGGUGAGACCUCUGCGCGCAGUCGGACCUCCCGGACACACGCGUUUAAUGGAUCCAUUUCCUCAGCUGGUUUCGGACCGUACUCACUUGUUCUGCACAAUAUCCGGUGGUCGACGGGAGCGGCUGUUUGAGAAGAAUGUGGUUUGCGCCAAUCCAGCGCUGGUGUGAACCCACUCGACCUGCUCUACCUGGACACUCGCGGGUGGUUUUUGCGCUCCUGAACCAGCGCCCGGACACGCGCGCGCACUGAGCACAACUCGGAUGUUGAAGAUCCAAAGGCUGAACACUGAAUCCUCCACUCAAGACGGCAAGUGAAGAUGGCUCCUACGUGUUUAAUGUAUAUUUCAUUAGAUUGGCGUCCAGUCUAAUCAACAUCAUCAGCGAUGUAGUCAGCCUGUUCAUCUGCGUGCUGAUCAUUUGCAGUAAGUACUCACAUCUGCUCAAACGGGAGACCAUGAAGAUGAUCCUCCUGCGCAAAUUCCGGGUUCUGAUCCUCAUGGUGUUCCUCAUCGCAUGCUCCAUGCACAUAAUGAUAGACUUGCUACCAAAGCUGGAGAGGCACGGCAACAGCGGCUGCUCCUGCUCCCACACGCCGAGCGAGGAGCCCCAGAGCUGGGGGAAGCAGCAGGGCUGGCCCAACAAGCACACCCUGCGGAUCCUCCAGGACUUCAGCAACGAGCCCAGCUCCAACGUGUCCUCCCACUCCCUGGAGAAGAUCCCGGUCACGGGCGACAAAACGCAGGCUCUCCGGCGGCUGGAGCUCCACGGGCUGCGCGGUGACAGGAAGAGACAGUUCAUCCAGGACGCGGCCAAGAACAUGCCGGUGAAGGGUUCAAGGUUGCUGGCUCUCUAUGAGCACCCCUUAUAUAAAAGAGCCCUGCCGCCUCUGACAGACGAGGACACGCUGUUCAACGUCAACACGGACAUCAGAUUUGACCCCAAAGCAGCAGAGGAUCAGGCAUGGAAUACUGAAGGCAACGUAGAUGAGUUUAGCCCCACAGGGGAGCUGACAGCAGAGUCCUACCCUAACUGGCUCCGCUUCCACAUUGGGAUUAAUCGAUACGAGCUGUACUCCAGACACAACCCGGUCAUCGAUGCCCUCCUGAAGGACCUGGUCACCCAGAGAAUCACCAGUGUGGCGAUGAAGUCUGGAGGCACUCAGCUGAAGCUCAUCAUGACCUUCCAGAACUACGGCCAGGCUCUGUUCAAACCUAUGAAGCAGACCCGGGAGCAGGAGACGCCGCCAGACUUCUUCUACUUCUCUGACUUUGAGAGGCACAACGCUGAGGUCGCUGCCUUCCAUCUGGACAAGAUCCUGGACUUCCGCCGCGUGCCCCCUGUGGCCGGCAGGCUGGUGAACAUGACGAAGGAGAUCAGAGACGUCACGCGAGACAAGAAACUCUGGAGGACCUUCUUCAUCUCACCAGCCAACAACGUGUGUUUCUACGGAGAGUGUUCGUACUACUGCUCCACCGAGCACGCUCUGUGCGGGAAACCGGACCAGAUCGAGGGAUCCCUGGCGGCCUUCCUCCCGGACCUGGCCCUCGCCAAACGCAAGACCUGGAGGAACCCGUGGAGACGCUCCUACCACAAACGCAAGAAGGCAGAGUGGGAGGUGGACCCAGAUUACUGCGAGGAGGUCAAACAGACGCCACCGUACGACAGCGGGACGAGGCUGCUGGACAUCAUGGACAUGACCAUCUUUGACUUCCUCAUGGGAAACAUGGACCGCCACCAUUAUGAGACAUUUGAAAAGUUUGGAAAUGAGACUUUCAUCAUCCAUCUGGACAACGGCCGAGGCUUUGGGAAGCACUCCCACGAUGAGAUUUCCAUCCUGGUGCCGUUGACCCAGUGCUGCAGGGUCAGGAAGUCGACCCACUUGCGUCUGCAGCUACUGGCUAAGGAAGAAUACAAGCUGUCCACGCUCAUGGCAGAAUCCCUGGUGAGGGACCGGCUCAGUCCCAUCCUCAUCCUGCCGCAUCUGGAGGCCAUGGACCGACGAAUACGCCAGGUGCUGAAUGUGCUGUCAGAGUGCAUCGAGAAGGAGGGCUACAGCUACGUGAUGGAGGACGACCUCCAGGGGGACAGGGGGAAAGACCACGUUCACGCCGGCCCGCGGCGGAGGUAGCUGUCCGGGGGGUGGGGGGCCCUGGAUGGAACUGAACACUUGGAGAUAGGAGGCUGGACGGAGCAGAUCCAGCCUUUGUUUUUAAACUGAACUGGCUUCCUGUUACACAGAUGAGCUCCAUCUGUGCUGAAUUCCUCAGAGGGCUCGGUUUGUGCUGAACUGACAGAGGAAGCCCACCUGCCUGAGAUUU